CACAUUUAGGUCUCUCUCGUUUCAGACCACAUCCGCCACGAGGCCCCCCCCUCCCAUCUCACGUCCUUUCUUCUGAUUGCUACUCUUGGGUUUGCGUUUCACUCUCCCCUCCUCGCUCGUGCCUGUUCGGCAUGGCGAUGGACAACAAGAUCGAGUGUCGAAAGGUUUGCUGGAACUCCAAGUGCGGCACCAGCAGCUCCACCACCUGGCGCCCUGGCUGGAUUGCGCGCAACGGGCGCACUGCCGAGCUCUGCGAUUACUGCGGACUAGCUUAUCAACAAUCUUCCUUUUGUGAGACGUACCAUAGCGACGAUGCUGGAUGGAGGACAUGUAAUUUCUGUAAAAAGCGUGUGCACUGUGGUUGUGUUGCAUCUGCCAACGGAAUAGUACUACUUGAUAAAGGUGGAGUAGAGUGCAUUCGGUGUGCCACAGCCCAUGAUUCGGCUGGUUCUAUCUCCUUGGUUGGUAAACAUGGACAACAGCUACUCUCUCCAGCGGUACCUUUGGAGAGCGGUAAAGUGGUCGAUCCAGCUGUUAGAGGCUGGUGCGAGGGAUAUGGAGCUGCAUUGGCUGUAUGUCAAGUGGACGGGGGAGCAUGGCCGCCCUCAUCUGCUGCAAGGACAUCUUUGAGCCCUCCUACUGGACUGGCUCGACCUUGGAGUACUCCGGAAACUGAUAUAUCAGUUAAGAGCAAGGAUGGUGUAGACUCAGCAUCACGAGAGCAAAUAACGUUGGAGGUGAUGGACUGCGGUGGGGAGGGUACUGAAAGUGACAAAAAUGUCAGUCUAGAUCGAACGAAGGCUGGAGGAGCAGUAGGUGGUGGUGCUGCUGCUGGUAGCUCACAGUCAGCAGGACAGGGAUCACUCCGUGUAGCGCGGCCACCUGGAGAGGGAAGGGGUCGCAACCAGUUGCUACCUCGUUAUUGGCCUCGAAUAACAGACCAGGAGCUGAAGCAGAUCAAUUCUGGAGACACACAAACUACCAUCACUCCUCUGUUCGAGAAAAUGCUGAGUGCCAGUGAUGCCGGUCGGAUUGGUCGUUUGGUGCUUCCAAAAGCAUGCGCCGAGGCGUACUUUCCACCCAUCCACCAGCCAGAGGGAUUACCCUUGAGGAUUCAGGAUGUCACUGGGAGGGAUUGGGUGUUCCAGUUUCGCUUCUGGCCCAACAAUAACAGCCGAAUGUAUGUGCUUGAAGGUGUCACCCCAUGCAUUCAAUCGAUGAAGCUUCAUGCAGGGGAUACAGUAACAUUCAGUAGGCUUGAAGCCGAUGGGAAGCUGGUGAUGGGUUAUCGCAAGGCUCCAACCUCUCUCUCCUCCCAGGAUGCUGGUGCCACUCGGGUUGGUCCCAACGCUAGUAAUGGCUUAUCAAACCCAAGCAGCGCGGUCAUUCAAACAGCAGAUGGAUGGGCCUCAAACGUGGGAGCACCCAAAUCAAAAGAAAGCGGCGUUAGUAUUGGUCAAUUGUGGUCCUCGCAGAUGGAUAGGAAACGUGGGCGGCCAUUGGGCUCUAAAAGCAAGCGCCUUCGACUAGAUAGUAUUGAUUCUAUGCUUCUCAAGUCCAAUUGGGAGGAGGCUCAGGAGCUACUGCGUCCUGCUCCCUCUGCUUCUUCUACCGUCAUAACAAUUGACGGUCACGAAUUUGAAGAAUAUUCGGAACCACCGGUUCUUGCGAAACGAACGUUUAUAACCAAAGCGCCCUCCGGGGCUCAGGAACAGUGGGCUCAAUGUGAUGACUGCGGGACAUGGCGUCGUGUACCUGUUGAUGCUUUUGUACCUGCACGGUGGUCGUGCUCACAGAAUAGUUGGGAUCAAACAAGAGCUCAGUGCAGUGCUGCUCAAGAAGUGAGCAGUGACAAAUUAGAAGUGCUACUGGGUCCUGGACCCACUUCAGAGGGUGGGAAGCAGGAAUAUGCACCUAAGGUAACCCCUACUAGCAGGGAGGAAAAUGUCUCUACCACAUCAGCUGCGGCAGGCUUGGACACUUUGGCCCAGGCAGCAUCAACAUCUCUGAGUCCUGUGCGAACCACCAAGCACCCAAGGCAUCGCCCAGGAUGUACCUGUAUUGUAUGUAUUCAGCCCCCAAGCGGCAAGGGGCCUAAACACAAAGCGUCCUGUAUCUGCAAUGUUUGUGUGACAGUGAAGCGUCGCUUCAGGACGCUUAUGCAACGCCGUAAGAAGCGGCAAUGUGAGCGAGAGUUUGAAGCGUUCCGUAAUAAGCGAGAAUGGCAGGAAGAAGAUGCUUCCGAAAUUGCUGAUAUUGGUAGAGCUGGAACAGUAGACGCGGCAAACGAUGUCGAUGAUGACCUUCCUACACCACCAGUUUGUUCCAGAGAUGGGGUUUCUGAGGAUGGACCUGUUAAGGGAGCCAUUGACUUGAAUAUUCAACCCGAUCAUGAGGAGCGCGUAAGUAUGGUACGCUUGCUUCAGGAUGCACAUCUACCCCUAUCUGCUUAUCUACAUCAGCAGCGGCUUUCUUCUCUUUAUGUUGGAGAUCUAGUUUCAGAUCAUGUCAGUAAUGAUGCCACUAGCAGCCACGAGGAUACUCUCUCAGAAUCUUCUAGCAAGGCUGAGGCAGAUAAUGAGCUUGAGGUGGCUGGUCAUGUACGACAUGAAGCUCAGCGAACUCAGACAUCCCUUGGAUAUGUAGAGCAACCAAACUUUGUGGAGAGCUGGGAUGCAAGAGGAGUCAAGCCCUCGGAGUUCUCAGGAGAUUCAGUCCACUCUAGCUCAUCAAAAUUUGAGUUUACCAUGAUGAAUAAUGUUGCUGCAUCGUCCGCAAAGAAGCAUGUAACUGGAGCAGGUCGUGGACGGCAAAUUUGCAUAGGUUGUGGUGAACCAAUUGGUUCCGCAGCAAAGGUUUGCAGACGAUGUGGCACCUGCACUGCCUUCGGUAAGAAGAAGCGAGGGGUGCCCCUUUAGAUACAAACUCUGGUCACUUUACAAUAUGCCUUUUUUGUAUCCACAAGCUUUAGGUUGAGGAAAAAUACCUAUUGCUGUUGAUAUUUACCAAUAAGGAUUGGUGAGGGCUGGUAGCAGUCAUAGCUUUUUGCAACUCUUUACGCUGGUUGUAGGUUAAACUAAUUGUGACUGGUUACAACUCUAUUGGCAAGUAUAUUUAUCUUGAAUUUCACUGCUCGGAUGUGUAGGAGAGGAAAAACUUAGAUGCUGAGCUUGGACAAAAGUACAUGUUUCGUUGUUGUCUAUGCCUAAAUCUGUAAUCGAGCUUCCUCCAGAUUAAUUGGGGCUGCGUGUGCCUACUUUCUUUGCAUCAUAAUUGAACAGGUAUUCAUCACUUUUA